CCCGCCCCUGCCCUCGCCUCGGGUGCAGCCCGUGCCCUCCCCACCUCAGUCCCGCGCCCGGAGCCCCGCGCACAGCUGCGGAGAGUGCCUGGGAGCCGGUGCCCCGACGCUAGGCGCCCGCAGUGUUCGCCGCGUCCUCCGCUCCGGGACGGGCAUGGGGCGGCCCGGCUGAGUACCGCACCCCGCCGCUGAGCCCCCCAGCCCAAGGAAGCGUCCCUCUCGCCGCGGCCGCAGCGUGCAUCGGCGAUGGCGAAGGCGACGGCCAGCACCGUGGGGCUGCGGUUGCUGCUUCUGCUGCUGCCCCUGCUCGGCGAAGCCCCGCUGGGACUCUACUUCUCCAGGGACGCUUACUGGGAGAAGCUAUACGUGGACCAGCCGGCCGGCACGCCCCUGCUCUAUGUCCACGCCCUGCGGGACGUGCCGGAGGAGGUGCCCAGCUUCCGCCUGGGCCAGCACCUCUACGGGGCCUACCGCACGCGGCUGCACGAGAACGACUGGGUCCGCAUCCAGGAGGACACGGGGCUUCUCUACCUUAACCAGAGCCUGGACCACAGCUCCUGGGAGAAGCUCAACAUCCGCAACGGCGGCUUCCCACUGCUUACCGUCUAUCUCCGGGUCUUCCUGUCACCCGCGUCCCUUCGUGAGGGCGAGUGCCAGUGGCCGGGCUGUGCCCGUGUGUACUUCUCCGUCAUCAAUGCCUCCUUCCCGGCUUGUGGUGCCCUCAAACCCCGGGAGCUCUGCUUCCCCGAGUCAGGCCUGUCCUUCCGCAUCCGGGAGAACAGGCCCCCCGGCACCUUCCACCAGUUCCGCCUGCUGCCCGUGCAAUUCCUCUGCCCCAACGUCAGCGUGGCCUACAGGCUCCUGGGAGGUGAGAGUCUGCCUUUCCGCUGCGAUCCGGACAGCCUGGAGGUGAGCACGCGCUGGGCCCUGGACCGCGAGCAGCGGGAGAAGUAUGAGCUGGUGGCCGCGUGCACGGUUCGCGUGGGCGCGCGCGAGGAGGAGGUGAUGGUGCCCUUCCCCGUGACCGUGUACGACGAGGACGACUCUGCGCCCACCUUCCUCGGGGGCGUCGACAGCGCCAGCGCCGUGGUGGAGUUCAAGCGGAAGGAGGGCACAGUGGUAGCCACGUUACGUGUCUUCGAUGCAGACGUGGUGCCAGCCUCCGGGGAGCUCCUGAGACGGUACACGAACACGCUGCUCUCUGGGGACCCCAAGGCCCUCCGGACCUUCCGAGUGGAGCACGCGCCCAAUGAGACCUUGGCCCAGGCCAACGGCAGCUUUGUGAGGGCAACCGUGCAUGACUACAGGCUGGUUCUCAACCGGAGCCUCCCCAUCUCGGAGAGCUGGGCUGUGCAGCUGGCCGUGCUGGUCAACGACUCAGACUUCCAGGGCCCUGGGGAAGGUGUUGUCCUCCUCCACUUCAACGUGUCCGUGCUGCCCGUCAGCCUGCGCCUGCCCAGCGCCUACUCCUUCUCGGUGAGCAGGCGGGCCCACCGCUUUGCCCAGAUCGGGAAAGUCUGCGUGGAAAACUGCCAGGAGUUCAGCGGCAUCCAAGUGCAGUACAGGCUGCAGCCCUCCAGCGCCAACUGCAGCGCCCUGGGGAUGGUCACCUCGGCCGAGGACACCUCGGGGACCCUGUUCGUGAAUGACGUGGAGGCCCUGCAGCGGCCCGAGUGUGCCCAGCUCCAGUACACGGUGGUGGCCGCCGAGAAACCAACCCGCCAGCAAGCCCAGGCCCCGCUGUUCGUUAGCGUGGAAGGGAUAUACGUGCCUGAGGAGCCUGGCUGCCCCCUGUCCUGCGCGGUCAGCAAGAGGCGGCCCGAAUGUGAGGAAUGCGGCGGCCUGGGCUCCCUGACGGGCAGGUGCGAGUGGAGGCAGGGAGACGGCAAAGGGAUCACCAGGAACUUCUCCACCUGCUCCCCCAGCAUCAGGACCUGCCCCGAUGGCCACUGUGACGCCGUGGAGAGCAGAGACCCCAACAUCUGCCCCCAGGACUGCCUCCGGGGCGGCAGCAUCAUUGGUGGGCACGAGCCUGGGGAGCGCCGGGGGAUUAAAGCUGGCUUCGGUAUCUGCAACUGCUUCCCUGAGGAGAAGAAGUGCUUCUGCGAGCCGGAGGACAGCCAGGACUCCCUGUGUGAUGAGCUCUGCCGCACAGUGAUCACGGCGGCCGUGCUCUUCUCCUUCAUCGUGUCUGUGCUGCUGUCCACCUUCUGCAUCCACCGCUACCACAAGAACGCCCACAAGCCGCCCAUUGCCUCGGCCGAGAUGACCUUCCGCCGGCCCGCCCAAGCCUUCCCGGUCAGCUACUCCUCGUCUGGCGCCCGCCGGCCCUCUCUGGACUCCAUGGAGAACCAGGUCUCGGUGGACACCUUCAAGAUCCCGGAGGAUCCCAAGUGGGAAUUCCCACGGAAGAACUUGGUGCUUGGAAAAACUCUGGGAGAAGGCGAAUUUGGAAAAGUGGUUAAGGCCACAGCCUUCCGGCUGAAAGGCAAAGCGGGGUACACGACUGUGGCUGUGAAGAUGCUGAAAGAGAAUGCCUCCCCAAGCGAGCUGCGGGACCUGCUAUCAGAGUUCAACCUCCUGAAGCAGGUCAACCACCCGCAAGUCAUCAAGCUGUAUGGGGCCUGCAGCCAGGACGGGCCACUGCUCCUCAUCGUGGAGUAUGCCAAGUACGGCUCUCUGCGGGGCUUCCUCCGAGAGAGCCGCAAGGCGGGGCCUGGCUACGUGGGCAGCGGGGGCAGCCGCAACUCCAGUUACCUGGACAACCCGGAGGAGCGGGCCCUGACCAUGGGCGACCUCAUCUCCUUUGCCUGGCAGAUUUCACGAGGGAUGCAAUACCUGGCUGAGAUGAAGCUUGUCCAUCGGGACUUGGCAGCCAGAAACGUCCUGGUAGCUGAGGGCCGCAGGAUGAAGAUCUCAGAUUUUGGUCUGUCCCGAGAUGUUUAUGAAGAGGAUUCCUAUGUGAAGAGGAGCAAGGGUCGGAUCCCAGUUAAGUGGAUGGCCAUUGAGUCCCUCUUCGAUCAUAUCUAUACCACCCAGAGUGAUGUGUGGUCCUUUGGCGUCCUGCUGUGGGAGAUUGUGACCCUGGGCGGCAACCCUUACCCUGGGAUUCCUCCAGAGCGGCUCUUCAACCUUCUGAAGACAGGCUACCGGAUGGAGAGGCCGGACAACUGCAGCGAGGAGAUGUACAAUCUGAUGCUGCAGUGCUGGAAGCAGGAACCAGACAAGAGGCCAGUGUUUGCCGACAUCAGCAAAGACCUGGAUAAGAUGAUGGUUAAGAGCAGAGACUACCUGGACCUGGCCGCGUCCACCCCAUCUGACUCCCUGCUGUAUGACGACGGCCUGUCAGAGGAGGAGACGCCCCUGGUGGACUGUAAUAACGCUCCCCUCCCUCGCACCCUCCCCUCCACGUGGAUUGAAAACAAACUCUAUGGCAUGUCAGACCCGAACUGGCCUGAAGAGAGUCCUGUACCACUCACGAGAGCCGCUGGCACCAACAUUGGGUGUCCGAGAUAUGCAAAUGAUAGUGUUUAUGCUAACUGGAUGGUUUCACCCUCAGCGGCACAAUUAAUGGACGCGUUUGAUAGUUAACAUUUGUUUGUGAAAAGUAAUGGACUCGCGAGGGGAAGAAACAUGCUGAGAACAGAAGGUCUGCCGGCCCCUACUUGCACAUUUCACACUGGCUGGCGGGCUUGCCACCCAGCAGAUGUAGCGCGCUGGACGGUGCAGGUGUUCCUUCUUCUUCAGCCCUCGGCAGCGCCCAGCCGGUGCGUCCGUGGGCAUCACGCACUCCGCGCUCACACGUAUGGGUCCCUCACUCACUACCUGAACUGUUUGAUUUUUUUCUGGUUGCCUCCAAACAAGGCCACAUGAUUUAAACAUGAAGCACACACACCAAAAAAGGCAGCAGGGGAAAAAAAACCUGGCCCAGACGACCUGUUCUUGUUCAGAACAAGAGCCCGGCCAGGCCGCAUAGGGAUGUCAGAGCCCAACCAGGGCUAGAGGGGAAGAGACUUCUGGACAGGCCUCACUGCAACCUUCAAUAUCCUGUUGUUUUUUUUUUUUAAUCAUGUAACCUUUUCUUAGGAAGACAUUUGAUUCUUAUUAUGAUUAAAAUGAUCCUUAGGUUUAGCACAAUGGAGAGACAUGAUGCCACAUUUAGUAUGUAGGUAGGUGGUGUGAGGGGAGGGGGCUUUUAGGACACAUUUGUCCACCUGGCUGAGAGAUCACACCCCUGUGAUGAGAAGUGUAUGGAGGAGGGGGCCUUGGAGUGGAAUGGACUCAUAUCCAAGGAUUGCUGACCACAGAGACUUGGCUGCCGCGAACUCCCCAGCCUCCCCCACCACAGCCUUCAGUACCCACCCAUCCAGUGCCCCAAAGUGGCAGGGGCUCAUCUCACACGUUCGUAGUUGGGACUUGUGCUCAGUCUCAGCUAGUUAGGUUAGAAGUAGGGUCAACAAAUGACCAAGGACUGUGACACCUCUGAUGACAAUUCUGAUGGGGAAACGACAGUGUUUUGGCUCUUAUAGAGCUUGUGUGGAAAGGUACAUGUGUCCAUUCUUCCUGUGUUUGUAACGCAAUGCUGCCAUGGCAAGACAUUUUUGUUCUUAGGUUCUGACCAUGACUCAUAAGCUUCUUGUCAUUCUUCACUGCUUGUUUGUGGUCACAGACACUCGGCACUCCUCCCAUCCUGCGGGGGUAGCUUUCGGGAAGUCCCGGGGGCUCUUCUUUCUGUCCCAUCGCUAUCACUUGGCAGGAGAGGGUUGGUUGCCAAAACACUGCCUGGUCUUCAAACUUAAAGCACUGUGAAAGAACUUAACAAUGUCUCAUGAAAAUGCUGGAUUUUAUAGCCAUUUCACCAAAGUGGUAAAGUGGUAAGAUUAUGGCAUUUUUGAGGCCAAGAAGGCUUGGAUGAGUUAUGUGGAGGAGCUGUAUGUGUGUGUGUGUGUGUGUGUGUGUGUGUGUGCACACGCGUGUGUGUGUGCACACACCUAGGGAGAGCACUGGAAAAACACUUAACUGCAGAUGCAACAUGGCUUUAGUUUGGGCCAUUGUUCAGACACACUGUGAUAAGUACUUUUACAGGUAUCUAGUCAUGGUAGUAAACUUGUAGGUUUCAGAUGUGCUUAAUGAUCAUCUUGUUAAAUGCAGAAGGAGGGAGAAACUUUCUCAAGUUACUAAAAAUGCCUCCUCAGUGUGAGAGGCUGUAGCAGUUCGUCCUCAGCACAGGGAGAACUCCAAGUCUAACUGGCUGACCCAGUGGUGGGGAGUUAACCCUUGACUCAUAACCUAAUUGUCUGUUCCUGAGUUAUCCAGGUAUUCAUCAUACUUGUUAGUCUCUCAGACACUUUUCAUAUGCAUAUACACAGAAGUUACUAAGUAUUUAAGUAUUACUGAGUAUUAAGUAACAAUCUGUUUUAAAAUUUGUUAAAUCUAUUUAUGAAAGGUUAUUAAAUCAACCCGUGUCAAUUUGCUUUUGUAGUCAAGGUGACUAAGAAAAUCAUUUCAGUUAUGUAAAUAAAAUCAUGUAUUGUACAAUGUGUAAACUUCUUUUCUCUUGUUAACUUUCUGGUUGGAAACAUUAGGUUUCUGAUUUUAAAGUUUCCAUAUAAGGAGUAAGAUGUCACAAGGGCAUCUAUUGUGGUGACCACUGGGGAAGUAAGACUGAUCAAAGGACUGUGGGGCCACUUGGUGAUGUUGUUGACUUGCCUUGUAUAAUAUGUACACAAACAGCCGCAUUUAUAGUAAUUGUGAAAACUAAGCCUGUUCUGCCACUCAAAGGAUUCCUUCCCUAAAACAGAGCAGCAGCCAAUGUCGAGUUCAGGUAUUUGCUCUUCUCUAGCAAUUUGCUGUUUGUUUCUUGAAGCUGGAGUUGGACCCUUGUGAGAGAGACUGUAAAAUGCAUUGUCAUGACUGAAGGUCUGCUGGAGGAAAAACUUUGCCCUGAACCUCUAUGAAAUCUAAAAUACUAAAUGCUUCUGUUUAUGACUUCCCGUUGGGUUAUGCAGGAAUGCUAUGAGCUCCUCAGAAACCUGGCAAAGAGCAGAUGGUGGGUCAGUAGGGAAACACAAGUUAAGUUAUUAGCAACAUAAGUGUGAUUUGCGGUUACAUUGUGCACUGGACACUGAGGGCCUUGGGUGCACACGUGUACACACAGGUGCGUGAGACACCCAGGGGCUGCCCCAGGCCCACGGUGCUCCAGAUCCUGGCCCUCAGUGCCUCCUUCCAUCUAGACCUCAGGGAUGGGAAGCGAAUAUAAUUUCUAGACCCAGUUGUUUGCCUCUGAAUGUUUAGAAACCCGUGUUGAAAAAAGCUAAUACUAAAAUACGAAAAACUCCUUUUUCAAGCAGAGAAACAUUCCAUAAGUAAUGUGUGUGUCUACAUGUGGUUUGUUUUUCUGAAAAGGCACAUUCUCCACCAGGCUCCACACAGGAUAGCUUAGCCACAAGGUCAGCUUAUUUGGCUAGAAAUGUAGUUGAAUAUUGGAGGAGGGAACGGUUACCUGUUCCAGUAUUCUUGCCUGGAAAAUUCCAUGGACAGAGGAGCCUGGUGGGCUACAGGCCAUGGGGUCACAAAAGAGUCAGACACAACUAAGCAACUGAGCAGGUAUACAUAUAUAUAGUCAGUAGGGAAACACAAGAAUAUAAUGCCUGAGAACGUCUUGGACAAACACUUAGCAUAAAAGGGAAAGCAGAGUUUCCCCCACUAGAAACAGAGCAUUUUUCCAGGCAGAGGAGUGGCGAUUUCCCUCUUCUCCUUUGAGCAUGUUUAUAUAUGGGGUAUUUGGAUGGUGGUAUAUAGGGUGAUCCUAGAAAGUGUGGAAGAAAUCCUUACCUCUCUGUCCCUGGAAAGAUGCAGUAAGAGUGGGUCUGAAGGGCAUGUGCCACAGUGGGGGCACACCCUCCCUUCCACGUGAUUUUGCACGUGGUGCUUACCCUCUGGGUGGGCCUCUACGUCCAGAAAGCACCAUCCACUCAGGUUGCCUGCCCCACUCCGUCCGUUCUCCACGGCCACAACCAUGGCAGGCUCACUAGAACUUUAUAGGAACUUCCCUGGCAGUCCAGUGGUUAAGACUCUGUGCUUCCACGGCAGGGGUUAUGAGUUCAAUCCCUGGUCAGAGAACUAAGAUCCCCACAUGUCACCCAGCACAGCCAAGGGUUUUUUUUUUUUGUUUUUGUUUUUUUAAUAAUUAAAAGAACUUUGUAGAGUUUCCCACUUCUUUAGGGAGCUGGGAUUCACAUGAAUAAUUCUUGGCUGAGAUCAGGAGAAACCAGAACCUGUAUGUAGAGAGUUUUUCAGUGUGGAGUAUGGUGCUGUGCCUCCAGAAGAGGCUGGAUGGGUGGCUGUGUUAACUAACAGCUGGGAGGAUAAGCUUCACUCCCGGAAUUAAAGAGGCAUGUAUGUGAAUGCUUGAAAGAAAUCCUGGUUAAUCUGUGCACCUCAGGUUUCAAUUGCUGUGCCAAGUGACGAGAUAUUUUUGCAGAUGUUUCUGGAAUGUGCUAAGUCACAGGACCUGGCGAAUGGCGAUCUCUCAGAGGACCUGUGACAGGGAGGCCGUCUCGCUGUGUCAGCUUCAGGGACAUUACUGUCACAGGAACUGGGCCAGGCACAUGGAGGGAGCUGCGACCAGAGACCACGCCAAUCACUGUGACCUCAGGACUUCUGUACCACCCCAGGAGAGACCAUGAUCUUGCAUCCUUUCAGAUGACACCGUGCAGUUCAAGUUCAAAACUGGUGUGGGCAGGUGAGAAAAAUCAACACCCAUGGAUUGUAUCUGACUGUGUAGAUCAGGUUUUUUUAUUCUGGAUAUCAUGGUAACAGUAUAGGAAAAAUGCAUUAUUUCUCAUGUCUGCAAGUAGUCUUCACUGCUGAAGGAAGCAAUUUUUUAAGCUACAGCCAAAUUCAUUUUGGUACUUUUUAUGGAAAUCUUGAUUUUGUUUUUACUUUUUUAUAACCUUUUGCAAAAGGUAUUAACAAGCAAA